UUAUUCUAUCCAAACCCUUAAACAACCAUUACAGAAGUCAAGUGCUCUGUCAGAUUAAUGAAAUGGAUUCAGUCUAUGAAAAUUCUGAUUAUAUACGGUCAACAAUUCAAUCAAAAGGUGAAGGCUCUCAAUACAAGGGUCAGGUUAAGGCGACUCAAUCUAGGUGGAGUAAAGUUCUUCUGCUGGUUCUCUGUGUCUCUGUUGUUCUUGCUGUUGGUGGUCUCUGUGUUUUGGGGGUCCUGCACAAUAAUACGCUUGCAGAUUUUCAAUCAUUGAACGAACAGCACGACACGGUUUUAAUGCAGCUGUCUGCACAAGAGAUUAACAGCACAAAUUAUAAAAAAGAGGCGGAGGAACUCAAUAACCAACACGAGGAGACACUUAGGAAAUUGAACAGAUUAAAUGAGAGCACAGGUUGUGCACUUUGUGCUGUUGACUGGAUCCAUUCUGGAGGAAAAUGUUAUUACUUUUCUAAAGUCAUGAUGAACUGGACACAGAGUCGAGAUCACUGUGUGACAUUAGGAGGACAUCUGGUGAUCAUAAACAGCAAAGCGGAGCAGGAUUUUCUGGCCUCUAAAGUUAAAGUGAGCCACUGGAUUGGACUUAAUGAUAUGGAGACUGAGGGACGUUGGGUUUGGGUCAAUAACCAGCCACUAAACGAUUCAAUCGAAUUUUGGAUAAAACGCUCAAAUGGUGUCAGAGAACCAGAUAACUGGACUCAAGGUCAUCCAGGAGGUGAGGACUGUGCUGGUCUGGGACAUCCAGGUGGAGAAACUGAUUUCUGGAGUGAUGCUUACUGCUUUAAUAAGAAAAGAUUUGUGUGUGAGGCUCCUGCCUCAGUUUAGUUAAUUUAGAGUCAAAUCUCUCCAGAAAGUAUUUUAGACGGUUUGUGGCUGAAAACACAAAGGUUAAUGUCUUGAUUUAGCUGAAUACACAACUCUUUCACAAUAUCAGCAUUAACCACUAACAUCAAUUGUACUAAAUGAUUUUAAAUACUUAAUGUUAUUUUGAAAAAGCUAAGAAAUGUUAAAAAAUGUUAAUGUUUAAGUUCUCCAAAGAAAAAACACUUCCGAUUUUUACUAAACUGUACACUCAUGUUAUUAGUUUACUGUAAAACAUUAUGAAGAUACUCAAUAAACCUUUAACUUAUAUC